ACUAAACCGGAUGUUCCCGCUUCAAAGUGAGGUUAUGUGUCAAAAUAUUUGUAUGAUUUCACAUAUUUUUUCUUAUUAAAAUUUUCAUAUUUCCCAAUAAUGUCCCAAAGAAUUCCUCGUCUUAUACAUUCUUUAACACCUGUCCGACAUUUUUCUGCAUUUAAAAGAGAAAAUCGCCGUGUAGUUGUGACAGGAGUCGGUUGUGUAUCUCCUGUGGGAGUGUCUGUAGAAACAGCCUGGAAAAACAUACUUUCUGGCCAUUGUGGUGUAGUGAAGCUAACAGAUUCUGCCUUUGAUAAACUGCCGUGUCGUGUAGCAGCACAAAUUCCCAAAGAUGAUUUUGAUAUAAGUAAAAUCUUCACGAAGAGUGAAUUAAAAUCAAUGUCUCCUGCUAUUGCUUAUUCAUUGAUCGCUACCAAGGAAGCACUAUCCCAAUCGCAAUGGUUGCCAAUGGAAAUCAAAGAACAGAAUCGCACAGGAGUAGCUGUUGGUAUUGGUAUGGUAGAUUUGGUGGAUAUCUGUGAAGCCUACGAUGCCCUGCAGAAAGGAUACAAUCGUGUUAGUCCAUUUUUUGUUCCGAGAAUCCUGCCGAAUAUGGCAGCCGGACAGAUUAGCAUAAAGUAUGGAUUCCGGGGACCCAAUCAUUCUGUCUCAACUGCAUGUGCCACCGGAGCACAUGCCAUUGGGGAUGGAUUUCGCUUUAUUCAGAGAAAUGAGGCUGACGUGAUGGUUUGUGGUGCUGGUGAAGCUUCAAUAAGCCCACUAUCAUUCGCGGGAUUUUGUCGACUACGAGCACUCAGUACAUCAUUCAAUGAUGAUCCUCAGAGUGCUUCUAGACCAUUUGAUGAGAAACGCGAUGGUUUUGUGAUGGGUGAGGGAGCAGCAAUUUUUGUUCUGGAAGAAUUGGAGCAUGCCAAAUGCAGAAAUGCUCCAAUUCUGGGAGAGAUUCUCGGAUAUGGAUGCUCUGGAGAUGCUGCUCACUUAACAUCUCCCAGGGAAGAUGGACUUGGGGCUUUUCUAGCCAUGCAGCGUGCUCUGGAGGAUGCCCAGCUUAAACCCGAAGACGUGGGCUACAUUAAUGCUCAUGCAACUUCUACUCCAAUUGGUGAUGCCAUUGAGAGCCGGGCAAUCACUCGACUCUUCGGCGAUCAUGCUUCCAAAUUGGCAGUAUCAUCGACAAAAGGAGCUCAUGGACAUCUCCUGGGUUCUGCUGGUAACCUCGAGGCACUCUUUGCUCUUCUGGCUUGUCGUCAUGGCCAAUUCCCACCAACUGUAAACCUCAAUUCUAUUUCCGAAGACAUGAAGAGUGUCAACUACAUUGCUAAAGUCAGCCAAUCCUGGCCAGAUGGGAAACGUCGUGUGGCUGUGAAAAAUGCCUUUGGAUUCGGCGGAACGAAUGCUUCGCUGUGCAUCGCUGAAUUCAAGGAUUAAUAAACACAAAAUUCUCGCGCUAGACAACAAUAAAGAAUAAUGGGAUUUAUUUUGGAACAAUAUGUCCAUGCUCUGAAGCUGCUUCCACCAAAAACUUGACUAAUCGCCAUCGAACAAUUUCCUCACAUUUUGCAUCUCCUACACUCCUACACACCUGGCCGCUGCCCCUUACAUUACUUGGCCACCGACGUCUUCAUGCACAAUUGAGCGAAGUUUCUGCGUAGAUUUUGCCGGAACUCCUCACGGGCCUGCUUCAAAUUGGCAUGUCUCAGCUUAAACUCCUGCACCAUCUCGACCGGGAUAUAGUUUACAUCUUCACCAACAUCUUCCUCCGUCUCCGACUGAUUCCCCUGAAAAAUUAACAAAUACAUAAUGUUGAUUAAUAAAAUACAUUUUUUAUAUACCGAAAAAA